CAUUCAACCAGUCACUGUUCAGCCAACGCACGGCGAGCAUACGCCACGCGCGCGAAUCCGCCAUUCCCGCGUCCAAUUCAAAUAUCGAAUCGCGAAUUUAAAACCACACGUUCCGUUUCCCGCCUUGCGUUCCAUACAAACAUGCCUAAGAAAAAAUAAAUUAACAGCAUUUUAACUAGUUUUUUUUUUUAAUAAUUUGUGAACUGAUGUGCUAAACUGUGAAAUCGUGCUGAUGACAUUGCGGCCCGCAUAGUGCUGAUUGUAUCUGUGAUAAACGUUGUGAAACUUUCCUAUUUUAAGGUGUUAAGACUUUUAUUUUUAACAUUUUUUUUGUUAAGUUUCGUGAAAUUCCAUUUCGCGAAACGCUGUAAUAAACGAUCUUUAUGAUAGGUCCAUAUAUGAAGUGUCAACAUUUUUACCCCAAACAUUAUGAUUUACAAAUGGAUAUUAUGAUAAGAGUGAAGUGUUGUCAAGAAACUAAAAAUCCAAAGUGACGAAGUGGUGUGGUGUCUGUUCUGCUGCGUUCCGUUGCUUUCGUUCCUUAGUUUUAUUUAAUUUAACCCUCAAAAUGUCUGACAAGACGACAUCAUCUGUUGGCCCUAGAAGCUUUGAAACUAUCUCGGAAGAGGACGGUGAGUCGCCGUGGGAGAAACUCUUGGGAGAUGUGAAUUCUGCUGUUCCUACGAUAAUUAAAACGAACGCGUCAAGUGCUACGAUUUCGAGAAGCGGUGAUGAGGUCGCCCUUCCUCCGGGGAUCGAUUUGGAAGCGAACAAGUUGACGCGUUCAAAGAGUUUGAAUCAACGAAGAAAUAGCAGUGGUCUUCUUAGUACAAUUCCUCGGCAGCUGCGACUCUCUCUCAGAGGUGUGCGAAGCGAACCUUCCAGUGUCAAAGACGUUCCUACUACUAGAAACGAUAGUGCCCUCAACCUUCUUCUUAGAUACCGUAAUGCUCGAUAUGCAGCGAGGCGCGUUCGCAAGCGCGUCAUCUUCAAGCACGGAGACUGCAACGUCGUCCAAUGGAACGUGGCGAAGCGCAGGCGCCGAUACCUCCAGGACAUCUUCACUACCCUCGUGGACGUGCAGUGGCGCUGGACGCUACUUGUGUUCGCUCUCUCCUUCAUACUCUCCUGGCUCCUCUUUGCCCUCAUUUGGUGGCUUAUCAUCUUCACCCACGGCGAUCUCAGCCCUCCCGAUGAUCCGUCUGUACCAUUUGUCCCUUGCCUUACUAACGUUAAUUCUUUUACCGGUUGCUUCCUCUUCUCAGUUGAAACCCAACAUACUAUUGGAUAUGGAUUCCGAACUACCAACGAGGAAUGUCCCGAAGCUAUAUUUGUCAUGUGCCUUCAAAGUAUUGUGGGUGUUUUCAUUCAAGCUUUUAUGGUGGGUCUAAUAUUCGCGAAGCUGGCGCGAGCCAAAAAGCGUAACACUACACUCCUUUUCUCGACGAAAGCAGUAAUAUGCCUGAGAGAUGGGGAAUUUUGCCUUCUGUUCAGAGUUGGAGACAUAAGAAAGUCGCAUAUUCUGGAAGCACAUAUACGUGCUCAAGUUAUUCGGAAAAAGAUUACAAGAGAGGGGGAGAUGCUGCCAUUCUACCAACAAGAGUUGAAGGUGGGGGCUGACGGGGAAGAGGACCGCCUGAUGUUCAUCUGGCCCAUGACCAUAGUGCACAAGAUUAAUGAGAAAUCACCUUUAUACAACUUAUCGGCUUCGGAUAUGUUGAAGGAGAGGUUCGAGAUCGUAGUCAUGUUAGAGGGUGUCAUAGAGUCGACAGGUAUGACGACGCAGGCACGAAGCAGUUACUUACCAUCCGAAGUGCAGUGGGGUCACCGUUUCGAAACCAUGGUAUCAUUCCGAAAAGAUACAGGAGAAUAUGAGGUGGAUUACACUAGAUUUAACAACACAUACGAGGUCGACACUCCCCUAUGUUCCGCAAAACAACUCGACGAGUUGCGAGCGACGGUCUCCACUUCGCAGAAACUGGAUCGUAUGCUGGGAACCAUUCCCAAGACAUUCUCCAACGAUACCCUGGACAUGAGUUCUGUUGACUCAAUGUCCUUGGACGAGCACAUCGAAAUCAAGAUCCCCGAAGCAAGAGUCAGAGAAAACAGACUAAUGGCACAAAACAACUUUGUCCAACAUAUUAACGAAAAAACUAGAAACGCAAGCCACUCACAUUUAGCCGUUGACAAUGGUUUAGAGAUAUAUAACAAUAAUCCACCAGCUGUGGUGACUGAGGUGAAGGAAAAAGAACACGGACACAUACAUAGAAGUCACAGCCAUGCCAGUAUGAAGAAAGCUCAUGGACUCACUCCUAAUGGUAUAAACCACGCGGGGAAUGGGCAUAGCCACCAUAAAAUUAAUAAGUCAACAAGCGAAAACCACAUAAUAGAGAAGAAUGUAGCAGCUCCAGUCAUUCCCAUCCUCGUGACGUCAGCUGACACCGACGCAUGACGCGCGCUCCCAGACCAUCGCUCCAGGGGAAGGACACACGUUCGCUUCAGUGACGGCAACAUUGAAGUAGGUUAUAAGUGUAGACGACAUACACGUAGAUCAUCUGCUGUGUAGACUAGAUACACGUAGAUCAUCUGCUGUGUAGACUAGAUACACGUAGAUCAUCUGCUGUGUAGACUAGAUACACGUAGAUCAUCUGCUGUGUAGAUAAGAUACACGUAGAUCAUCUGCUGUGUAGACUAGAUACACGUAGAUCAUCUGCUGUGUAGACUACAUACACGUAGAUCAUCUGCUGUGUAGAAUAGAUACACGUAGAUCAUCUGCUGUGUAGACAAGAUACACGUAGAUUAUCUGUUGUGUAGACUAGAUACACGUUGAUCAUCUGCUGUGUAGACUAGAUACACGUUGAUCAUCUGCUGUGUAGACUAGAUACACGUAGAUCAUCCGCUGUAUACACUAGAUACACGUAGAUCAUCUGCUGUGUACACUAGAUAUACGUAGAUCAUCUUCUGUGUACACUAGAUAUACGUAGAUCAUCUUCUGUGUACACUAGAUACACGUAGAUCAUCUGCUGUGUAGACUAGAUACACGUAGAUCAUCUGCUGUGUAGACUAGAAAAUGUACCUAGUAUGGCCCUCUUUUCUUCCACAUAUAUUGAAAAAUAUUUGUUACUCACACUUGAAAUUAUUAUAUACUGUUCUUUCACAUUUAGGGAAAAAUUAUUUAUUGUUAGUAGAAAGUUUGUCAUACAUAAAAUUGUUAAUUAAGCCAUCUUUUUGACUCAUCACAGAUGGGUUGAAAUUGGUAUGAAUGUAUAAAAUAUUGGAGAUGAUCUAUAGAAAAAUGAGUUGUAGUAUGUUGUAUAAAUAGUAAACAAUAUAUUUUUCUGUAUUUCAUAUUAGUAAUUUUAAGCAAAUAACGUGCCAAACUUAAUGCAUAUUUAUGAGAUGAAUAAUUUUUACCUGCAAUUCAGUGUGUCACGUGUAUUUGGAUUUUAAAUAUUUGUAGUCUUCGUCAGAACAACACAACCAUUUUGUUUCAAUGAAGUAUUUACAUUGAAAUUAUUUUAAUAAUUAUUCUUUCUUAAUUCUUGCCUACUUCAACAAUAAAGGGUCUUAGGUACUUAGGCCAAGUAUUUAUUUAGAAUACACUAGAGAAUUUAAUCGGGGUGCUUAGAACUACCAGCUUUAAUUUAUCGGGUCACGCUUCAUACCCCGUCUUAGUAUGUAAGAUUUAUACUUUAGCAGUCUCAUAAAUAAGAAUAUUACACGUAUUAAUUAAGACUUACGCUUAGAUUAAAUUCAAAAUUUUAUAAUUUUCGUACUUAGAUUUAAGAGUAAGCCUAAAUUUUUAAUGCGUAUUUAUUUUAUUAUUGGGACCGUAGAAGUAAUUGGUUUUCUAUCAAUAGUCAAACUGGAGAUAGAAAAUUUUCCAUUUAAAAGUUCAAUGUCACAUAAAGGUUAACAUUAAUCUGUAUGACCAUGACUAAACCGAAUUUCCUUAUGACGUAGUCAAACAUACGGCCCCUGUUUUAUAGUUAAAAAUUUUAUUGUACAAAAUGUCGUACCAGUUAUGUAUUGGAUUUGAUGUAGUGUUUGUAUAUGAUGUCUCAAAUAAUGUAUAAAUGGAUUUAAUCCAAAUAUAUUUUAUGACAAAUUGUAUCAAGCUACAUGAAUUGCUAUGAACGUACAAAUAUUAUACUAAGGUGCCAAUAGAUUAUAUGUUUACGCCAAUUUAGUGGAAUUCAAAGGCGCUUCCAAGGUAUAAGGAUAAAUCAUAAUAUUGUUAUUUACCUAGAUAAUUUUUGAGACCAUUUCUGUCUGAGAGUGUUUGUUAUCCGAAUGACAUCAGACGUUAGAAUUUAUUUUAGUUAUUUCAACUACGAUAAAUUUACUAGAAAUGGAUAAAUAAUAAAACAUAACCAUCCAGAUUUCAGUUAACAAUAUACCUUUAUGAUAUAAAGUUAAUAUACAUCUUGGAAAUAUUUAAAAAUUUUGAAGUUUUAUAAACUUAGGUAAAAGUUUCUAUAUUUUCAAACAUUUUUGCUUUUUCAAAAUGCAGUAUAUGGACUUAGCUAAUUAUUUUUUAUUGUAAUAAAUCCUUGAAUUAAAACUAACUACUUAAAUUAUUCACGUCGUGUAAAGAAUUGUACAAAAAUAGUUCCUUUUUGAGGCAAAGUUACUUUAGUACUUAGUUAUGAAUUUUUGGAAAUUAUUCUAACUUUUUGGAUCACUAAUUUUACAUAUAAAUGUGUUAGAAUAAGUGUUAGUUCUGCUAAUGCUUCAGUUUGUACUUACUACUACGCUCCUUGUUUAUUUUAUGUUUAUGAAAUCUUUGAUUUUUACAUACUUAUAAACUGGAAAAAUGUAAUUUAGAAUUACAGUAUGUAAUACUAUUGGUAUUGGUAGUAAUUACACAGGCAAUUGAUUUUUUUUUUAUAUUUAGGUACUUUGUCACCAUCGCACCCUUAGCAGAGAAUUAUUUUAUGAAAAUUUGUAUCACAUUUUGAGGGAAAUUUGCAAUAUCCACUAAUAUAAAAAUUACAAAUCUAAUUAGAUCGGACUGAUAUAUAAUAAAUUAAAUAAAUUUAUUUAUUUUUAGAACUAGAACAAUAAAUACAUUUCGUACUUAAUAUUUUAAUACAGCUAUUUGAACAUAUCUGUUGUCAUAUACCUAUUUAUUGAUAUAUUCCUUUUAUUAAUUUUAUAGCAGUAGUUAAGUAUACAGUAAUAAAAAAUCAUAUAAUUAUUACACUUAUUCUAUUAUAAUAAUGAAUUAUAAUUAGUAUUGCAUCAACCAGAGUCCAGCAAUAAAUAGAAAUCUCAGGCUCAGAUUUCGUCUUUCGUCACUUUGUCUUGAUCUGUGAGUAUGUUCAACACAUUUUAAAUACUUCUCUAUAGUAGAUUUAUUACAUUACAUUAUUAUUUAAAUUCGAAACGUCUAACGAUUUCAUUAUGUCGGCAUUGUAUAAAAUUAAUAUACUUUGAGGAAAAACGUUACAAAUUAUUUGUAUAAGGAAAAGCAACAAAAUAACUUGGCUGUUAUAGUUUUAAUGAUUGAAUGUUGGGUCUAUAUUUUUUAUUAUCCAUACUGUCACGUGAUCAUCUCUAUCGUAUUUUUUACUAUAAAACUAUCAAAAUUAUCCCCGGAUUAUUCGCAAUUUGUCGGAAUCCGGACUCAUAUACUCAGAGGCACAAUUAUCCGCGCACUUUAAUAUACUCGCGUCAUAUUAUAAGUGGGUGGAUAAUUGUGCCUCUGAGUAUAUAAUAGUUCUCAUAUUCAGACUCAUAAAGUACGAUAUACGUUCUUUGGACUAACGGUGUGCCUUAAAGCCAUUAAAAGCUAUUCGUACAGUUAGAGGAGAAAGGGGCACUUAAGUCAUGAUCAAAAACACUUUUUUUUUUUAAAUACAGGUACAGUUAACGAUAAUAUGUUACAAAAUGUAUUCCCAACUUAAAAUGUCAGACAUCAGGGGCCCAAGCGGCGCAGGCGCCGCCAUGUUUUUUCAAUAAAAAGCUUAUGUCGCUGAUAAUUAUUAUGUAUUUUAUAAUUAUAAUAAAUUAUGGUAUUUAUAAU